AUGGGCGGCGCGCGGAUGAACGCGGGCCUGCGGAAGUCGACGGGGGGCAUUGUCGGCGCGAGGCGUGACGGUGCCCGGGGCCGCCAGUCGGGGUCCACCCAGCAUCCCGCAUCCCGCAUCCCGCGCCUCGCCGCCGACGCCAGCAGCGAGAUGGCACCAGCGUGCAGCGCUCCGAUCGAUAGCCGCCGGCGGAGAGCUGAGAGCCUACUCGGAGGUGUGCAGGUUCGCUGCCCGGGAACACCACCGCAACUUGCAGCAACACUGUCGUCGCGCACGAGUGCUGAGAGGGCGCAGCUACGUGCGAAGAGGGAGGCCGUGGAGACAACACAGGAGCAGCCAAGCACCUCGACUGUCAUGUGCCGGAGCGACAUGGUGGACCCGGGCAGCGUGGAGGGGGCGGCGCCCCUGGUCAGGUCCUGCGGCUGCGCCCACAGGUUCCCGCCCGGCCAGACCCCUUCCCCAGUUCGAGAGAGGAGGCGCAGCAGAUCCUCGUGCUCGCUGCCGGACCGCAGCCGCACGCCCUCCAGUGUGUCCACCGACAGAGCGACUCCCCCGCCCGGGCCGCUGUACCGCCUGCGCUGCAGGACCAUGUCCGAGGAGGUCCUGGACGUCCUGCCCGACGAGGCGCGGCCCGCGUCCACCCCGCUGCCCCCGCACAGGUUCCGCGCGAGCUGCUGGUUCUCGGCGCAGCCCGUGCCAGUCAGGUUCUCCAGCAGCGUGGAGCUGCGUCUGGGCUGCACCCGGCGGCGCUACAAGGAGGCCGUGCUGCUCAAGACCCGGCUGGCGCCGCGACGCCACGCAGAGACGGCCAUCGCCCUUGUGAGCCCGGCGUCGCGACGCUUCACCACCUCGGUGGAGAUCCAGUGCCUGGCGCCGGUCCGCCCGCAGGAUCCUGCGGACUCCCACAGCGACGCGUGACGUCACGCGGCCUCUGCGUCGGGUCGUCGUGGAUUUCCACUUGAUCACAGAAACUCUUUCAAUUCAUCAAGGAUACAAGAUUUGUUACUUGCAGUUAACUGCGUGAUACAUUACUGCGUAGAGUUACAAACCUUAACGGUUUCUUGAAAUGUCAUGCUUGUAGUCCAAACGAUGACCAUCGUCUCACGUCGAAAUUAGGAUACUGUAGCAGUUUAGGAUAAAAAGUAGCAUUGACGAAGUAUCAGUUUGCAUGAUGACAAAGCCAAUGGCAAAUGAAAAAUAAAAUAAUAAGUACUCAGAAAUAAUUAACAGUUACAUAGGGAAUGCGUUGCUCUUUGCGAAGAUUGCACUGCACUUGACUCGCCGACGCACUCUCGUUAGGAGGAAUGGAUUGAGGAAGUAGGCAUUAGGAGGGAAAUGUGAUUGGUCAUCAGCCUUGUGCUGGGAUCACAAUGCACAAUUUUUUUAUACAGUGACAUUUGACAGCCUUGAUUAUCAGUGCUUGGAUCAAUAGGUAUUAAAUAAUAACUAUAAUACCUUUAACACACACUAUAUUUUUUUGUUUCAAUUUUUUUUUUAAAUUUGUGAAUCCAGAUUAAACAGUUAACAUGUGUAAGUGGGAAUAUUUUUAUUUUAUUUUUAAAUUAUAGGCAGUAGGUGUCUUACACUGGUGAUUCUAAAUUAAAAUCACACGGUUUCCACUUAUGACUAGGGGCAUGUAUUUUUCGCGGAAAAGCUCGACAUAGUUGUGUGUUAAAACUCUUGACAUUGUUUUGUGGUUGGCUGGGUUUUGUUUAGCGCACCAAUCACAGCCAUCCAGUGCGGGAACAAGCGCGUCCUGAAUUGUCCAGACAAAUUAGGCAAUUGUUUAUCUUGCAGACGGCCGUCAAUUGCAAGGAAAAGUCGCAUACCUUGUUGCAGUCUAAUAGGCGAUCAGAUUAUUUCGGGAAGAAGACAUGCCCGUACUUAUAAGUAAAACAAAAUCAUGUUAAUUAUUUUCUGUUUUAAUUGAUUAGUAUGGUAGUAAAUUCCAUAAAAAAUCAAAAUUUAUGAUAAUUUAUUUUAAAUAAGAGAUCUCACACAUGUGAAAAGAUGAAUGACAAUAUAAUUCCAUUUCACUUAUAAAAUAAUGGCUUAGUGCUGCAAAAUUAAAACAUUUUCAAACUUUAUUGUAACAUAUUCACUAUAAAUAAUAAAUUGUGUAAAAUAUACUUUCAGAAUUUACAAAUAAUUUUUUAUAAUUAAAUGAAAAUUUAAUCAACAUGUUUACUUACAGGCAUAUCCUCUUAAUUUUAUCCAGAUUGUAAAACUUGAAUUGGUUCAAAUCUCCUGUGAGUUGUACUUUCUUGAAACACAACCAACAUCAAUCUUGAGGGGGCAUUUUAUGUGUGACCAAACAAUUCAAAAGUGUCUUUGCAAUAAAGAUUUUGUAAGCAAGAUUUAUGAAAAAAUUGGUUUGUUAUCAUUAUCCUUCAACAGUUAUUUUCAUUGUUCUGUUUAAUGGAUGUUAAAAUCAUGGACUUGCAUGUUUCUAUUUAAUAUUUGAGACACGAAUGAAAACCUUGGUUGUUCAGCAGUGAUGAUUAUGAUGGCUUUGAGUUGGCAUACUCAGAUGGUGCAGGGACAGUGUUAUCUGUUCAUAGAUGUGCUUUUAAUGUGUGGCAUACGCACAUUGCGUGUACUGUUGCCGGCAGAUGUCUGUGCACGCGAGGGUCUCCUACUUGCUGGAAUGAAGUUCAUUACGGAAUCUGUACGGGAAGCCUUCUUUUCACAGAACAGUCCGAUUGUGCAUCUUCGUUUUUUUUGUUCAUUGUAAAAGGUUAGGUUAGCUACAUUAUAAAUACUUUAAAACAUUGUGGACGGUUGAUUUGGUCAGGAUAGCUACAUUAAAAGAUACUGUGAAAUCAUGUAAAUGGUUUCCUAGCCCUGGAUAGCUACAUAUUAAAAAGUUAUUUGCUAAGCAACCAUAAAAUGAUUUUACAGUAUUUUUAAUGUAGCUAUACUUACCUAAUAUAAUCAACCAUCAACAAUGCUUUAAAGUAUUUAUAAUGUAGCUAACCUAUCCUAAUCGACCGCACAAUUUAAUGCCACACCGGUUUAUACAAUGAGAUAGAACGGGGGGAAAAAAGCGAGCAUGAACUUCGGGGAACUUCGAGUGUGGCUCUCUCAUCUGUGAAAUGAAGGCUUCCACAUCUGUACAGUUGGGCAGCAUUUAUGUGAACCUAAGAAAAUAUUUUGGUAUUGUUCUUGAGUAACAACAGCAAACACUAGACAUUAAUGCAGUUUAAAUUUGAAUAUUCAAACGUUGGGUACUGACAUACGUUUUAUUCCCUAUACCAUGCUUUUCCCUGGUGUUCUCUAGGGCUUGUUUGGCCGUUCUCUGCUAACUUUAUGAAUAUUACACGUGGCUCUUUCACUAACGCUGGUUUAUUUGACCGUUCUUGCUGUUCCCUUUGGAAGCGGCUCUAAAAGACAAUUUUUUUUUUUAAGCCUCUUAAUCACAACACUGAAUUGCUGAUUUUAUUACACGCUCACUGCUAUGGAUAGUUUUCCCUCGCUUCUGUGACCGUCCUUCACUCUUAAUAGCCUUCCACGCAACUGAACUCACCACAGCUGAUAGCGUGGUUUUACCUGCGUGCGCAUCUCUUCCCUCUGGCAUUGCUUACCUCACUCCCCCACCCGGUUCAGGCAUGCUCAUACAUCUGCCGGUACCAUGUGAAUAUAUAUGUAUAUAUGUACACAAACAAGACAAGGUGCCUAGCAUGCUGCAAAUGAUGUAUUACACCAAGUUGUUACUACAAAACCUUGAUAAAGUUUAACGUUUCCUAGCCAUGCAAUAAUUACUGUACAUUUGUUAGUGUAGAAUGGUAAGCAAUAAAGUACAUAGAAUACA